CUCAGUAGCACUGACAGGCUACAGAUGCGCCCCAGAGUCAACAUUACAUUUUGCUUCUUAUCAGACGCAUGGUCUUUUCAUCCACCCUACGUCUUGACCAGGGUACUUGCACCUCGAGUAACCCGCAUGCUGGUUGGCUGAGAGGCAGUCAUCCCAUCGUGGUGUAACAAACUCGCUGUGCUCCACAUCGAGGAGGAAGAGCAUCGGAGCGCACCGCCUCUGCACACACUGCUCUCUCAUUUUGUUGACAUAAGAGGCUAUUUAACACCAAGCCGGCGCGGACUGUAGGGGCCGUGGAGGAGGUGGACUCGUGCGAUGAUGACGGGCAAAUCUGUGAAAGACGUUGACAGAUACCAGGCUGUCCUCAACUCUUUACUUGCGCUGGAGGAGAAUAAAUUUUGCGCAGACUGCGAAUCAAAAGGUCCGAGAUGGGCAUCCUGGAACUUGGGGAUUUUUAUCUGUAUCCGCUGUGCUGGUAUCCAUCGAAACCUGGGGGUUCACAUCUCCAAAGUCAAGUCUGUCAAUCUAGACCAGUGGACACAGGAGCAGGUCCAGUGUGUUCAGGAGAUGGGAAAUGCCAAGGCCAAACGUCUCUAUGAGGCUUUCUUACCUGAGUGCUUCCAGCGCCCUGAGACAGACCAGUCUGCAGAGAUCUUCAUCAGGGACAAGUAUGAUAAGAAGAAGUACAUGGAUAAGGUCAUUGACAUCCAGAUGCUCAGAAAAGAAAAGAGUUGCGACAAUAUACCCAAGGAACCGGUUGUGUUUGAGAAGAUGAAAUUGAAAAAAGACAUCAGCCCGAAGACAGAUUCCCAGUCUGUUACAGACCUGCUUGGACUAGAUGCCCCUGCUUCAGGUCCUGCAGUGUCUAAAGGUGGAGGAUGUGUUCCAGACAGUAAUGAGAGCCCAGCAGUGCCUAAUCCACCUCUGGGACACUCUGCCCUGGAUCUCUUCAGCUCUCUGCCAACACCCUCCGCUGCUUCCUCCACUAAAACUACGCCUCUUUCCAGCUCUAUGCCUCAGAGCAGAGUGACUGCCUCCGUGCCUGAAAACCUCAGUCUGUUCCUGGAUCCGGCACCCAAAGCAGAGGAGGGGACUGUCAAGAAACUUUCCAAGGACUCUAUUCUCUCCCUGUAUGCUUCCACCCCCUCAGUGCAUGCUAACAGUAUGGCUACACACGCAGGCUUGUACAUGAACCAAAUGGGAUUCCCAACACACCCAUAUGGUUCGUACCAUUCCUUAGCCCAGGCAGGUGGAAUGGGAGGCGCCAGGAUGACGUCACAGAUGGCCAUGAUGGGACAGCAACAGAGCGGCAUGAUGGCGGUUCAACAAAACAGCAUGAUUGGAGUUCAACAGAACAGCAUGAUGGGACAGCAGAAUGGCAUAAUGGGUGUCCAGGGUGUCAUGGCUCAGCCUAGCGGCGUGGUGGCAUCCCCGUACAUGACGGGGAUGACCCAAGGUAUGAUGGGACAGCAGCAAAGUGGAAUGAUGGUACAGCAGCAGAAUGGCAUUAUGGGACAGCAGCAGAACGGGAUGAUGGUACAGCAGCAGAGUGGCAUGAUGGGACAGCAGCAGGUUGGAAGUUUGACAACAUUACCCCAUCAGCAGGCUUAUGGAGUGCAGCAAGCCCAGCAGCUACAGUGGAACAUUGCCCAGAUGACUCCGCACAUGACUGGCAUGAAUCUCUACAACACCAACGGCAUGAUGGGAUACAGCAGUCAACACAUGGGAGGUUCAACAACUCAGAGUUCAACGCACAUGACAGCACACAUCUGGAAAUGAGCUCAUCUAUCCAAGAAGUGAUGUAACAAAAAAAGAGAGGGGAAACUGAGUUGUAGGAAUGUGUGGAUUAGACUCUCCAUAAGACAUUUUCUAAUGCAAGGGAAGAGGAGGAGGAGACAGGUGUGAAGAAGGAUGGUUUGGGAAACCACAACUACCUCUCUUUCUCUCUCCUCUCUGCCCACGCUUCCUCUUCUUGUUUAAUCCAUUGCCAUGUUUCGCAGAUUUCCAUGCUUGCCUUCCGAACAUUUUGGUAUGAUGACCAAGACAACAGGGUUCAGAGGCCACUCGUAAGGACUACACAUCUUCCUUUGUACCUAGCUUGUAUGUGAGAGUGUGCGGGUGCAUGCACAUUUGCUACAUAUGGGUGUCAACUAACUGCUUGACUAAAACAAAUAGUUGGGUUUUUGGAGAAUUUUACCGUUUUUGUACUUGAUCAGAGUCAAAAAAAAGGAAUAAACGCAUUUUCUGUC